UUGCCUCCAUUGCAUAGGAUGCCAGUAUUUUACUUCUAUCAGAAGAACACUAUUUGUCUGUUUUGUGUGCAUGUUGUUGCAAGUAAGAAAAUCUUUGUAGUGUCUAUCUUCACUGAUGAAUCCCACUGAAAAUAAGGCGUUGAUUUGUGUCCGAACCGUGGUGUGCUGAUUCACUUUGUCAGCAUUAAAUAUUAUUAAACUUUCCUUGUUUUUAACCGGUGCCUUAAUAACUGUAUACGAUAAAUUUUGCAAUGGUUGAUAUUUGGAUGUACUCAUUUUAAUGCGGUUGCGUUGCUCUUUUUCAUCAACUACUAAAUAAUUAUGAGCGGAUGACAUCAUUUUAGCGUUCCUUGAAAUGAAAUAAAUGCCCGGUGAAUUGAUGUAACUGUACUAGAAGUUCCAAUUAUUUUAUCAUUCAAAAGUUAAAUCAUGUGGGAAAGUGAAGUUUUUUGCUAUUAUUUAUGAUGCUAAAUUACCCAUUUAAAAACUACUAUUCAUCAUUGCUUAUAUUAGUUUUAAACUUGUUUUGUGUGUGAUGGUGACUGAGAAGAAAAAACGACCGCCACGCCGAUCCCUGCCUGAAAAAAGUCCAUCCGUAGGCUGUAGUGAAGGAGGCACCGGAACACUGGUCUUACAGUGCACCAUGCGUCGCGUACGCAGCUUAUAAAAGUUACGAGUCAAGGAAAUAUCGAAAUGUGUGAAGUGAUGUGGCCUUCGGGAGAAGCUGGCAUGCAUGGGCACCAUGGGCAGCCCAUGCCUGGGUGUGAAGAAGAUUCUCCUGGAGGCUAUUGUCCACCUAGCACUUAUACUGAGAAUAAUGAGGUCGGUUGCGAGUUGGUGGGAGGGUUGCCCGACGCUCCCCAACUUCCCCCAACAGCCGUGGCGUCAAACCCUGCCGUGAGUUACCCCCACGUGCCCGACAUGGCGAACAUGUCGUCAUAUUACACGUCGUAUCCAGACUACCGGCCCCCGCAGCCACCUGACGAGUACCAAGUUAGUCAGGGCGGUUGCGGGGAGUAUGAUCCCAGGAUGCCCCCAGCCCAUCCUUACUACACUCACCAUCAGCAAGGAUACCCUCGUUACCCGCCCUAUGAUCGGCUUAUGAAUAGUUACUAUGUGAACGCACAAACUCCCCAGCACCCACAUACCCCACACGGCCAUCACCAGCCCCACGACCCUCACGAUUACCGAGAUCCUUCACCCGCAGCACCCACUUGCAUGGGUCAACAAGCCUCCCCGCCGUUGCAGCAAUACCCGUCCUGUAAAAUGCAGAGCCAGCCCCAGGGCCCACAACAGCAAGCCCAAGUCCAGCCACAACCUCAACAGAUGCCCCAGCAAGCCCAGCAGCCCCAAAUGGAGCAGCUGGGCGGCCCACCCCAGGACACAGCCCAUCACAUGGCAGCGCAGGAUGGCACCCAGCCCCAGGGAGCAGGAGUUUGGCCAUCACAGCAGCACGCCGGGCAACAGCCACCGCUACUACAGCAGCAGCCACAGAACAAUCAAGUCACCAACACAUCGCCGCUAUAUCCCUGGAUGAGAAGUCAAUUUGCUGCUGAGAGGAAGCGUGGGCGACAGACGUACACUCGCUACCAGACUCUGGAGCUGGAGAAGGAGUUUCACUUCAACCGAUACCUUACGAGGAGGCGAAGGAUAGAAAUCGCACACGCUCUCUGCCUCACAGAACGACAAAUCAAAAUCUGGUUCCAAAAUAGGAGGAUGAAGUGGAAGAAAGAGAAUAAAACAAAGCCUGAAAACGGCGGAUCUUUAUCAGAAACUCCUACUCCUACUCCUACCUCUCCUCAGUAACAAGCGGCUUCAGGGUCAUUGCAAAUCAAGUCUUCAUAUAUGAAUCUAAAAAUCGGUUGUGCUUUCUCAAACUAAUUUUUCAGCGUUCUGUCUGGUUGUGUAUACGUCUGCUAUAUAAUAUUUGAGGUUAUGGCUAUUCAGUCCAUUGAAUUAAGGCUGAGAUGAAUUCGCUGCUGCAAAUAUCCCAGCAUACAGUUUUACAUAUUCGAGAUCAAUUGAAAGUGGCUACAUACAUCUUGACUUUAUUCUCAAUCAAAUACAAACAAGCCUAAACACAUGGCUCAUCACGAUCUUCCACAUUAUCAAUUGAAUUAUUCGUGAAAACAGUCGGUAUUUUAAUGGCUAAAUGGGAGCUGGGCAACCCACCUACCUGUACUCGCUCACCUCCACCUCUCGUAACUUUAUCCUAUAAUGAACUAAAAUGAAUGUUUUCCUACCAUAUGGUUUCAUGUUGAAGUAUUCAGCAGUUCAGGUCACUGUGUGUAAAGUAUUUACUCAUAAGGUUGAAAUGAAAAGGCAUUUGCUCUAAUUCACACUGCGGAUUUUGUCCCAGUUUCAUAGAAAACGUAUUAUUGAUGAUGUACAUAGCAAUCCUGUGGAAUAAUUUGAAUGAUGGUCGCAAUGCGGACAGUUUGAAUAAUGAUCCAACACGGUAGGGAUUUAUUUAUUUUGUGUAACCAAGCUACAUAAUUAUUGCAAUGGUGUUUUCGAAAAUGUGCACAUUCGUGGUCAGUGUUUAGAUAUUUAAGCCGAAAAUGUUUCUGAUGAUCAAAAGGGUGACUCACAUAAUAUAUGAAUAAAUUAAUUUAUAUCUUUUUUUAUGGCGUCCUGCAUAACAUAAACAUGAAAUUGAUGAUGGAUGUCCUAAGAAAAACAAGUUAUACGUACGUAGAUUUUGAAAGGAUGUGAACCUUCCAGCAGUCCUGCCCGUUUCUCUUUGUAUACGCAUUGAUAUACCAGUCCUCCUCUGUGUGGACUUGGGACAAGUCCCAACCUCAAAAAAUGGCCGCUCUUUCCAAAGGAGAGCGUCCAUUUGCAACUAUCUGGUAUACUACUAAAACAAUUGAUGUAUACUGAAAGUUUCACUUUGACAUGACGUUUUGGUAUACUAUCUUAUUCUUAAUGUAUACUUUUAAUUACUUCACCAAACUGGAGGUAUACGUAACUUACGAAGUAUUUAGGCGAGUGAUCGACGAAUGUAUCCAAUGGUCCUUGUACCACAACCAAAUAAUGCUAUACGUAAAUGAUUAUGUAAAAUAGACUGUUUAAACCAGUACCUAAUGACUGUAUCCAUAUACGUCUAAUUAUUUACCAAAUAGAUUUAUAUUUAAAGAAAUAUUUUAGCGAAUAUUUCUUGUAUCCAUUCAUUAGUAGGUAACCCCUCAGUAUACUUUCAACGUAUGCGAGUAGGUUAAAGAUAUACUGUUUUUAGGUAAAUUUAGUACUCAUUUUAAUUUAAUUUUAUCGCGCUUACUGAAAUACUUACGCAAGCCAAUCCAAGAUGG